AUGGUCCGCCUGGGCUUGGCCCUCGCGGCGCCGCUGCUGGCUUUCCUGGCCUCCCGGCUCCAGCGGCGGGCGAACAUCCCCGAGCAUCUGCUGCACCACGUGGCCUUCCAGGAAGAUGCCCUCAUCGAUGUUGACAGCGGGCGCCUGCUGAACCAGGUCCUCCGCGAAAUGGCGGCGGACGAGAUGGGCCUUCCAACCAACGUCGCAGCAGAUCUCAAGACGGCCGUGAGGCCAUUGCACCGCCACGUGGGCGAAGCGCGCCCAGUGGAGGCGGACGGGAGCUGCUCGCAUCACCUCUUAGUGCGCGACGGGAACAGCAGCGAGUGCAUCUUGCCUCAGCGGAUCGAUGUGGCCAAGCACUACAUUAUGACAGGGGGCCCGGAGGCUAUCCGGGAGCCUUUCGAGGACAUGGUUUCCCGCGUUUCGUCCUUCGGCCGCUACAUGUUCAACCUCACCGAAAUGCCGGUGGUCGAGCAGCUCUUUGCCGGGCCCAAGUUCCAGCGCUCAGCGAAGAGCGUCUGCCCCAGAAGCAAACAGGUGCUCGAUCCCUUCCAGUACAACUUUAUCCUGUCCGUUCCGGGGCAGACGGUCGCACUUCAUCUGGAUGCUCCCUGGUUCCUGGGCGCCACACGCUUCCAGUUUCCGCAGUGGUUGCUCGCCGUCAUGGUAUUUUCCAACCUCUUCCAGGACCGCUUCGUGGAUCAGGUUCAGGUCGUCGGCUACUUGCAUGAUCGUCCGGCUUUGGACGACGAUUCAGGAGGUCGAUUCCUGUACUACGACCAGAACUCAGCGACACCCAAGGCGGUGCUUUCCAAGCCGCUCUCCGGUGUGGCGGUCGACGGAAGCAAGACGCUGCACGCUGCCGGCGUCUUCCGUCCAAGCGUCAAAGCCCCGUUGCUAGAAAAAGGACCUUGCGCGGGUCACAGGGUUCAAGACUUCAGCGUAAACAACAAUCUAAAGCUGGACUUAACAGACUUAACAGCUUCAGUUACUAUGCCUUCUGCCUUGAAGUAG